AUGGAAAAGCUUAAUUCGUUGCAUUCUAGUCUACCUCCAGAGAGGUCUCCCACUGACCAGGCGAUAGAAUCGUUGAACGGCGAACUUUCGCAGGAAUUCAAAAUAGCCGCCAACGCGGUCACAAAGUUGUAUCGGGUGGCAAACGAGCGGAACUCGCUGCUGAAGCAUCGCGGCUAUCUACAAUGUGUGGAGAAUCUGCUAGCCAUGUUGGAGCAAGAGCCUGGCUUGUCGGCGGAGGAUAUCCACCUUUGGUGUAUCAAGCAGAGGAACGAGAUAUUGUCGCAUCAGAGUGCCGGCGGGAAUGCCGAACAAGGCAAGAGUACGGGAGCCAAGUACAACUUCGACUUCGCGAACCCUGGCGGUAGCUGUGGCGACGGUGGUGCUACUUCCAAAGUUCCGACUUUUAGGUUAUCAACGCCUCCGCUAAGCGUGGAAUAUUCAAAGCCCGAGAAGACUAUGUGGAGCGUGCAAAAACAACAGACGUGGAAGGGCGUACCAUGCAACCAUCAAGAGAAGACUGGUAAUGACGUGACGGCUGGCGAAAUGGACCAGACGGGGCCGGAAGGGUCGAGAGAGGAUCAGCCACCGGCGCAUGUCAAGAAGCAGAAGGUCAUUUCGACAGUUGUCACUCCGUGUAGGAGAAAAGCAAAGACGGACCGAAGAGACUGA